AUGGAGAGGCUCCUCUUUGUUUCAUGCAUUCUAACCACAUGUCUUGCGUUGGCAAGCUGUGCACGAGUCGUAGAUCCAGCUGCCCAUGCACCAGCAAUGUCCAUGGCAAUGUCACCAAGAACAUCCUCUUCUUCAUCAUCAGGCACGCCUCCACGCACGGAUGAGUGCUCGGACAUCAUAUUCGGCAUGGCGGAUUGCGUGCCGUUUAUGACCGACGGGUCGAAAGACACGAGGCCAGACGGCUCGUGCUGCCCCGGGUUGGAGAUGGUGCUGAAAGCUAGCGAUGACUGCAUAUGUGAAGCCAUAGAGAGCUGCACUGAUUUAGGCAUCCCUUUGAAUAUGACUAAGGCUAUGACUUUGCCUGCUGCUUGUGGCAUCUCUGCUCCUAAUUCUUUUAGUCAAUGUGGCAUUCCCUUGACUCCUGGUGUUUCUGUGAAACCAACUCCAAAAUCAUCACCAAAGAGUCCAUCUCCAAAGAGGGCACCGGCAAGUUCCGACGAUGUAGUUCCAGCAUCCUCCUCCUCCGUUGUCACAGCUCCAGCUCGGUCUCCGAACUCCGGAACUUAUUCUACAUCUGCCUCACUUGUGCUUAUUCUUAGCAUGCUUUAUGCUUCAUUCUACUGUGUUUCAUUUUAG